AUGGAAGAUGACAGCGAACCUGAGCAGAGCCCCUGGGCUCAUUUACCUGAUGCCUGUCUGAGGCAUGUCUGCCCUUGGUGAGAUGACAGGGACAGAUCUCAGGCUGCCUUGGUCUGUAAAAAAUGGAAUUGGGCCAUGUACUUGAGAUCCCUCUGGAAAAGCAGAACCAUCACAUUCUAUGGCUGACCAUCAAGGGCACACACACUGGAGCUUCAAAGUGCACUGUGGUAUGCCAAGAAAUUUGCCAAGUAUUUGGAGCACCUCGAGAUCCAGUUAUCAAAUCCUUAUGAUACUGCCUUUACCCCAAAAUUUCAAGUGACUAUGAGAGGUCUUCUUUCACACCUGGGUAAGUGUAACAGUCGCCUAGUAACCCUGAGCAUCAAGUACCUGGAAUUAGACUGCUUGAUCUGGAGAAAUGUGGUCAGGGCUCAGUUUAUCAAGAACUUAGCUAUAUUCCUGAAAAGAAUGAGGAAAUGGCUUGAUUAUCUCAACUUAAAAGGAACAAGAGUAACCUUAGAAGAAGGCUGUGAGCUUCUGAAUUCUCUGAGCUGCAUGACAAAUGAAAGCUUAGUAUCUGAAAUCAACAUUGAGGAUUUCUUCAGUCUCCACCUUGCUGUCUACAGCAGCCUCUUGUUCCACCAAACUAUUUCCAAGUUCCAUGGCCUGGUCACCCUGACUUUAAAUUAUAACUGCACCUCUGAUGAACUGCUGGACAUCCUGUGGGAGCACAGCGCUCAUUCCCUGUGCACCUUGAAUAUCAAAUGUCACAUCCAUGACCCUCAUGGGCAAGUGGUCUGCAGAAUGUCAUGGGCAAACUUGGUCAAGAGAGCUCCAAAACCGAAUGUGAACUUCCUCUUUGAAAGAGUCAGGCAGUAUAAUCACCUAGCCAGGAUCCUGCUAGUGGAGAUCUCAGUCAGGAGCAUCAGUUUAUGAAACUGCUAUUCCAGUGACCUGGACUGGACAAUGAGACCUACCCUCACCAACCUCCUGCCAGUCUACUCACUUGUUCUGCAG